AUCUCUACCGGCAUUGAGGGCAAAAAUGCUUUGAAAGGAGAAUUCGAGUCGACAUCAGCAAUUUACGCCAUCGUCCCCGACUUUUGUCCGAAGCCAAUGGCAUGGGGCACAGUCCAUGACGACCCAGACUCUCAUUUCUAUCUGUGCAAGUUCUAUGAAUUCUUUAAAGAACUUGAACCCGACCCUAAGUUGUUCUGUGAGCGGUUGACAAAACUUCACGCAAAUCACUCUUCGCCAAAUGGACAGUUCGGCUUUCACUGUACAACAUACAAUGGCAACUUUCCUCAGGAUAACACAUGGUCUGACAGUUGGGAACCAUUUUUCAAACAAGGUCUGAGGCGUAUUUUCGAGGUACGAGAGAAAAGGGCUGGAUCUGAUCCAGAACUUGACGCUCUUCUGCCCACGUUUUUUGAAAAAGUUAUUCCAAGGCUCCUCCGGCCCCUUGACACUGGAGACCAAAAAAUAAAGCCCUAUUUAGUUCACGGAGAUCUCUGGUACGGAAACGAAGGUACUAUUGACGAGAGCACCAAGGAAGGGAUCAUUUAUGACCCUGCCAGCUUCUGGGCAUAUAAUGAGUAUGAGCUGGGUAACUGGCGCCCAGUGCGUAACAGAUUCACAGAGAAAUAUUUCCAGGCAUACCAUUCGUAUAUACCAAAAGCAAAGCCUCAAGAAGACUAUGAUGACCAAAAUGCCCUUUACGCACUGUAA